AUGGAGACCCUGCAGUCGUCAGCACCAUUAAUCCAACGUUGCGUGGUGGUUACGCGGCAGGUUGAUGGCUACGGCCUCACCGUUACCGGUGACCAUCCGGUUUAUGUACAUACCGUCAAACCUGACGGUGCGGCAUUCCGGGCUGGUGUUCGUGAGGGAGACAGGAUUUUAAAAGUUAAUGGUAUGCCAGUGACUGCAUCUAAUCAUUUUGAAGUCGUACGAAUGAUCUCAGUGCUGGUUUUUCCUGAUAUGAAUUGA